CCACCACGUCUGGAAAUAUAUGCCGGGUACAUUUCGGAGAAAAAACACUAUGGAUAAUUAUUUACAAAUAUUUAAUAUGAACGACACGGAGAUUAAGUAACAAGGCGAAACAAUAUUAUUCGUCUCAGGAAGGAUAAACCCGUCUCAAUGAACUUGGAAGCUUCUCAAGAUAGCUUAGCUUGCUAGCUGCUAACAAAGAGACCCGGAAGUUAUCAACACGUCCCUAAAGCAGAGCUCAAGUUGUGAGAAAGAACGAUAGCAGAGUACGAGGAGGAACUUUGUCGAAGAAAAGAGGAAAACGGACGACGACGUCAACUACUGGACACUUUUCAAGAAGCCUCAAGUUGUGUUUGGCAGAGAAGACAUCAGUGAAGAACAUCUUCCCCCUGAGCAGCAGGGGUGGAAACCCAGGAUGGAACAGGAAGCGCCACAGCACCCCCACAUUAAAGAGGAAAAGGAGGAUCACGGCAUCAGUCAGGAGGGAGAGCAUCUUGAAGGACUGGAAGAGUUCCCAGUGAUUUGUGUAACGGUGAAGAGUGAAGAUGAUGAAGACAAAGGUCAAAGUGAGGAGAAGAGAGAGGUGGAGCCUCCAAGCAGCAGCUCCACUCAUCACAUGACAACAGAAGCUGAUGGAGACCACUGUGGAGGAUCACAAACAGACAACCUCUUAGCUCCACUAUCAGAUAGUGACGACAUAACGUCACACUCUCCUGACACUGAUGAUGAAGACUCUGAAGCUGAUAUGACAUGUCACACUGACAACACACGCUGGAAAUGCACACAAUGUGACAAAACUUUUGUUAACAAAGGACGUCUGAAAAUACACAUGAGACAUCACACAGGAAAGAAACCUUUCGGCUGCUCAUUUUGCGGUAAAAGGUUCAUUGCUAAGUCGUAUUUGAAAGAACACACAAGAAUGCACACUGGAGAGAAACCUUUUCUUUGCUUGGUGUGCGGUAAAAGAUACUCUCAAAAAAAUGUUUUAAGAAGACAUACAAGAAUACACAUUGGAGAGAAACCUUUUUCUUGCUCAGUGUGUUGUAAAAGAUUCAGUCAAAAAGUUGAUUUAAAAAGACACGCAAGAAUACACACUGGGGAGAAACCUUUUCUCUGCACUGUGUGUGGUAAAAGAUUCUCUCAAAAAGCUGUUUUUAAUAGACACACAAAAAUACACAUUGGAGAAAAACGUUUUUCCUGCUCAGUUUGUGGAAAAGGGUUCAUUCAGAAGUCCCAUUUGAAAGAACACACAAGAAUACACACUGGAGAGAAACCUUUUCCUUGCUUGGUGUGUGGUAAAAAAUUCUCUAUAAUGAGUGGCUUAAAAAGACACACAAGAAUACACACUGGAGAGAAACCUUUUCCUUGCUUGGUGUGUGGCAAAAGAUUUGACCUGAAAGGUAAUUUAAAAAGACACACAAUAAUACACACUUGAGAGAAACCUUUUUGCACAGUUUGUGGCACAAGCUUAUCGCAGAAGAGAACACACACUCGAGAAAGAAACGUUUCUUUUUCAAUGUGUGGUGAGCAAUUCACAAAUAGCACAAACUAGACUGAACAUAAAAUAAUCCACACUGGGGAGUAAUUUGAAAAGUUACUUUAAAGGAUGCAUCCAGCUGGAUUUCAAAGAAGGACUUGUAAUGUUGCUGACUGACGUUAUGAUGACAUUUUUGUUUCAUCUAUUACAUGUAUGAACACACUUUUCUUCAUUUUCACUUGAGAAUUGUAUAUUUGACCCUCAAAAGAAACCUACGCACGUGUAGCACAUGGGUGCUACACCUGGUCAGGGUUGCGUCAGGAAGAGCAUCCGGUGUAAAAACAUUGCCAAAACAUGAAUGUGAUUGACUUGCCCUGGUGAAGUCCAAAGUAGGAAUAAGCAAGACUAAAAUAAAAAUGGAACAUAAAAUGAAAUAUAUAUAAU